CAACGCAUCCACUCCGGAGAACGUCCGUAUCCCUGUCCGAAAUGCGGGAAAGCUUUUACCUGGAAUUCCCACCUGAAUUCCCACCAAAAAACCCAUACGGGCGAAAAACCCCAUCGUUGUCCCGAAUGCCAGAAAUGCUUCAGCCGUCGCUCCAACCUCCUCCGUCACCAACGCCUGCACGGGACGGAAAUUCCUUACGGGAAAAGCUUGAAGGCUGAGCCAUUCCCGCGUUCCCGGAGCCGCCCGGAUGAUAUUCCCUAUAUUUGUUCCGAAUGUGGGAAACGCUUCAGCGCCCGCUCCAACCUUUCCCGUCAUCAACGCAUCCACACCGGAGAAAAACCCUAUAAGUGUCCCGAAUGCGGGAAAAGCUUCGGGCAAAGCUCGGAUCUCAUCCAGCACCGCCGGACCCACACCGGAGAAAAACCCUUUUCCUGCUCUUUUUGCGGGAAAUCCUUCAACGAGCGAUCCCAUCUCCUCCGACACCGAGGCCGGCAUACAGGGGAAAAACCCUACCGGUGCCCGGAAUGCGGGAAAAGCUUCGUGCAAAGCUCCGAUCUCCUCAUCCAUAGGCGAUCCCACGCCGGCGAGACCCCCUACACGUGCGCCGAGUGCGGGAAACGGUUUCGGGUCAGCUCCGGCUUGGUACGGCAUCAAGGGUUACACACGGGAGAAAAACCCUACAAAUGCGGGGAAUGCGGGAAAGGAUUCGGCGCUCGGUCCGGCCUCGUCAUCCAUCGGCGGCUCCACACGGGAGAACGACCCUACGG